AAACGGGUUAUAUCGCAAGAUAAACAAACCUUAUCAAACGCGCGAUUACAUAUCGUCAGUCAGGUGCGCGCUUCGCUACUACACGGUCAUGUGAACUCCAAGAUGGCUUCCGGAAGUCUCCAAGACAUCAAAAUCGAACAUAAAAGAAGGCACACACAAGGCCCUGCGCAGAUAGAAGCUAGAAUCCCUAAAGUGUCAACGAGGAGUCAACCGGAAUUGUACGAUGUGCAUAGUAGUGAAAAAAAGUCACGCAGUGAUUUUGUAUAUGUGAAUUCAGCUUAUGUUGGGAGUGUGGACGAUGUGAAUCAGCCUCGGUUAAGUGCGCCACCUACAUGUGUCGUCCGUGAGCAGUACUGGGCUUGCUCAAAAUGGCCGUACGGGCAGCGCAUCCUCGCCAUCUCCGUAGGUCUGCUCCUGGGCACCGUCAUCGGGCUGACGGUCAUUGUGAUCCUCAGGGGUAUGGACAAGGAGAUCGGGCCAGGGUUCUUGGUGAGACAGUCGGUGCCGGAUUAAGAAGAUAGAACAGCAAAGUGUUAAUGUUGCUGUAUGGACUAUGUACUUUAUGCAUAAUAUAAAUGUAAAUUUGUAUAGUUGUACUUUAAGUUUGUUUUGUUGUGUUGAUUCUUGUAUAUUGUGAUGGUUCAUUUAGAUAGGGUGUGAUAUUGUCAUUAAUCUUUUUUGUACAGUCAGCAGCAGAAGUUGCUAAGCGAAGUGUUCAAAAUUACCUUGACACGCUCUUAUUCUCUUAACAAUAAAGUGACGUCAAGAUCAUUUUGAACACCUGGCCCGCUUAGCAACUUCUGCUGCUGUCUGUAGGAGAAUCAUCAUGUAAAUAAAUAAGGUUGACGGUUGACGGGAUUAGUUACAUGCAUCUUGUUCACGGGUAACAACAACACACGGGUGAACAAGAUGUAUGUAACUGCGUCGAAAUAUCGGGAGCUUGAAAACAAUACAAAAGGUAAUCACUGUCCAUUCCCGGUCGAUACAAGUCCAGUGAAACUAAUGUGAAUCAUUUAAAACUGUAACACCAAUAUUAUAGUUAAUUGUGAUGUUAGAUAAUCACAUAAUGUACACGUUUAUUUACAAAUAUUAAGUCAAUGCUGUUGUGUUCAUGUUAAGUUUUGUCAAUGUAGCGUAGAGUUAAACCAAGAAAAGUCUGCAGUGAAUUUGAUAGCA